UAUUGCAGCAAUUUGGCACACUGCUGCAGCGAACUUUUGGUGACUGGUUGGAAGGAGGUGUUGGUGGCCCGUGCAGCGGCGGACUGGCGGCAGGGAGAGCGAUGAGCGCGGCGGCGGCGAGCUCGGUCACCAAGUUCAUCAAGUGCGUCACGGUCGGCGAUGGGGCCGUCGGGAAGACCUGCAUGCUCAUCUGCUACACCUGCAACAAGUUCCCGACGGAUUAUAUCCCCACUGUAUUUGACAACUUCAGCGCCAAUGUCUCUGUGGAUGGGAGCAUUGUCAACUUGGGCCUCUGGGACACGGCAGGUCAGGAGGAUUACAGCAGAUUGAGGCCUCUCAGCUACAGGGGGGCUGAUGUGUUCAUCCUCUCCUUCUCCCUGGUCAGCAGGGCGAGCUAUGAGAAUGUCUUGAAGAAGUGGAUGCCAGAGCUUCGCCGAUUUUCACCUAGUGUUCCGGUAGUUCUUGUUGGAACCAAACUAGAUCUCCGUGAAGACAGAUCUUACCUUGCUGACCAUUCUGCUGCUUCCAUCAUCUCUACCGAACAGGGAGAAGAGCUCAGAAAGCAGAUAGGUGCUGUGGCAUACAUAGAAUGCAGCUCAAAGACACAGAGGAACAUAAAGGCUGUGUUCGACACUGCAAUUAAAGUAGUGCUGCAACCACCAAGGAGAAGAGAAGUUACCAGGAAGAAAAUGAAGAAAAGUUCGAAUCAGUCUGUGAGAAGAUACCUCUGUGGAAGUGCAUGUUUCACAUGAUAAAGCACAGACUCUUCUGCAAUUGUAGUACUGGAUUUGCUAGAUGGUGUCAGCUCUAUGAAUGAAUAGUUCCCAAGGCAGCCACUGGGAACUUCUGGUUCUCUUCUACCUUCCAAUAGAGAGCUCUUUUGCGUUCUCCAGCUGUGAAAAAUGAAGGUUCUAGUUUCUACAUUCCCUACGAGUUGUACCUCCAUUAAUAUGAAUGGUGGGCUAUUUAGUAGUUUCAGCAAAGUGUGAAGUGACCCUUCUAUGCAUGUUUUGUUUCCAAAAACUGCUGUUGCUAAAUGCCCAUUAAAUCGUUAUGAUCGCACUGGAAGAGAAGAAGUUAAUGCAGACUAUCAAUAUCACUUUUCACUGUUCAUCAUAAGAGAUGCAUGUCCUCACUUUACAUUUACAAGAUGUGCAACCAGCAGGCAUUAUUGUCACUGCUGAAGAUUCUGAAAAAUAGGUGUAAAGUUUGAAAUGCAGCACGGACUGCUUUUGCCGAAGAUGUCAUAUCUGAUCCGUUUCAAUCAGGUUGGAAAUGGAUGGCUGUUGUGUAAUCGCACAAAGUUACUGAAGAAUUAUUUUUCUUAUGUUGACAUUAUUGGUGUUUAGUUACUAGCAUUUCUGGAACGUAGUUCAGCAACCAUGUAUUUGUAUGCUGUAAAUGGGUCCCGAUAGGUUAAGCAUCCGUUCACAGACCUUGAUCAAUGAUCACAACUCUUAAGUAUCA